AUGGAGUAUUUUGAUUUUGAAGGUGCCUCCUCUGCCCAUGGCUCUGUCCAACAAGAGGACGAUGUCGCUUCGGUUGAUAUUGAACUUGAAGAAGCCGAAGAGCACGCAGCAAAUUUCAACGCAUUGGCUAAAGAUCAGCCAUUGAAUUUUCCAACGGAUCCGGUACCGGAGCAGUCCGAAAUGCAGGUCGGAGAGGCCGUUGACCCCGAUGGAGGUUACCCCAUGUUCCGGGCCCAGGAACCGUGCGACUUUUGUCGUCGCAUGGGAUUGGACUGCUUCCUCGCAAAGCGCGGUAUAUUGAACUACGGCUGUACUUGCUGCAUCUCUCUCUACCGCGAAUGCAGUUUCACUCAUGCCAAGCCUACUGGAAAGUUCCUUCAAACUUUACACAGCGUGUCAGAGAAUGCCUAUGUUCCAACAGGUAGUCUGACGGGAAAGAAAGCCCUCAAGUCUGUUUCAUACAACACAUACCCCGAUGAUUCCGAUUCACGCUCUCGGAAAAGUGGUGCUCGACUUUCGCGCAAGGCGAUCAGCAUCCUGAAGGGCUGGCUGCGAGAACACAACGAGAACCCGUAUCCCACGGAGCAGGAAAGAGAUGACCUAAAACAGAAUACAGGUCUAACUCAAACGCAAAUUUCAAAUUGGUUUGCCAACGCUAGGCGUCGCGGAAAAUCUCGUUCCUCGUCCGACAGCAGCUCCCCUGGGACGGGAGCCACGGCAGCUGUGGACAUCCCCAAGAAGCAAUCCGUCGACGUAUCUCUCAUGACUCCUCUAGAACGUUGGAAGUACUCCCCUCCGGAGAACGAACCGGCUACGAUUAGCGAUAUUACCCGUGCUUUGGCCAAUCCCCCAUUCGAUCCCUCGCGUCCACGCCGAGCCCCAUCGGGUCACGUGAGGCCCCGUCGCCCUGGGUCCAGUACCAAUGAGUCAAGCCAUGCUAGCUCCGAACAUAAACUGCAUACUGCCUCGGCCAGUAGUUUGGAUACUAGUCGGUCAUCUCUUUCUGAACUCUCUUUUGCUUCUGCAUUCUCUCAUCGAUCCUCUCAUUCAUUUGGCUCAAUGGAUCGCAAAGAACGUCGCCGUCGCCGUAAGGUUUCGGUGCCUGCCAAUACAUUGGCUCAUUCCAAAGCCAAGACUGCUCGCCCCUUUCAAUGCACAUUCUGUACCGACUCAUUCCCUGCUAAGUAUGACUGGCAACGACAUGAAAAGUCCAUGCACCUGAUUUUGGAUAAAUGGACCUGUUCACCCCACGGCGGCACAAUUGAACAGAAUGGUAUACCUCUUUGUGUCUUCUGCUUGGCAGCUAAUCCGGACGAUGUUCACCUAGAAACACAUAACUUCAUCAGCUGCCAGGAGAAGACAGUACAAGAGAGGACAUUCUACCGGAAGGAUCAUCUCAAUCAACACCUUCGCUUGAUGCACAAUGCCAAAUUCCAACCCUGCAUGGAGCAAUGGCAAAGUAGCAUCACAGAUAUCAAAUCCCGCUGUGGCUUCUGUGGUUCCAACUUCCAGACCUGGAAAGACCGAGUGGACCACCUUGCUGGCCAUUUCAAAAAUGGGGCAAGCAUGGCCCAAUGGCAAGGGGAUUGGGGCUUUGAUCCGUUGAUUCAAGCUCGUGUCGAGAAUGCCAUUCCACCGUACAUGAUUGAUUAUGAAUGGCGGUCUCCUGACCCUUGGGCCACCGAACAAGCUAAAGGAGACGGGACUUCACUUAGCCUUCCUGUUCCCACUGAUAUUAAUUGCUACCACCGGCUUUCUCGAGAACUCACCACAUACAUCCACAACCAAAAGGCACAAGGUGUUGUCCCAUCAGAUUCCAUGAUACAGGCCGAGGCUCGCCGUGUCAUCUAUGGAUGUGACGACCCAUGGAACCAAACUUGUGCAGAUAACAUCAUCUGGCUGGGUGUCCUGAAGCGUGACUGCGGAUUGCAGACAACUGUGAACAACGACAAUAUUCAAUUUGACGAUUUGGGCAUGCAGCCACCAUUCGCUGUAAAUGGCGGCCUGCGGGCUGCACCCCGGGAAAUCAAUGUCCUGGCGCGGGCAGUUUGCCACGGCGCCCCCCUCCACAGUCCUGCCAUCUCUAGCCCUAGUCUACGAAGCUCCGCUUUCCCUGGAACGGGCUUUUCAUCUGCGGGGCCCAGCCGACCGGGGAGUCUUUCGGGAAGUUAUGCUGGCAGUGCAGGGAUGAUCUCAGCUGGUGCAGAUCCAUCCUUCUUCCCUGAUUGGGCUAGUAGCCUUCCAACCACUGUGUCUGCGCCCGGGGAGAGGCCAGCUGACCCUCUCGUGCAAAUGGGCUUUGACCCUGAAUUUCUCCAACAAUUGAAUGAUAGUUAUGAUAAAAUCGACCCCGAUAGUCUUGAAGGCUUGCAUAAAGAUGGUGCCGAUCCACAAAAAGGUGUUGAAGUGCAAGGAUGGCCAAGCCCGAGCUUAUUUGGUCAGCCCGUUCCUCAGCAUUUUGUGAGUGAAGUUCCUGCUUCAGAUCCAGUUUCCAUCUUCAGUUCCAAAGAUGGCCACCCUCCUGCAUCAGACGCUGCCCAACAUGAAAUGCCUAGAUUCUUUAACAAUCCUGGCAACUUUUGA